CUGGCAAGUUGGUUUAUCAUAGGACUGAUGUAACUCCACACCGAUGCCAUUGUGCCAUGCUUAACACUAUGGAAACUACAUUAUUUGCGACAACACUUCACAUUACGGCCAUACGACCCCGUCGGUUUGGUUGCUAGGUGUAUUUACGAGCGUCUUCCCCUUGGUUACUGGGUAGCGGUUCAACAUUAUCAUGAAGGUUCGACUAAGUAAAGAUACCUGCCUAGCGGUAUUAGCUACUGUUCAAUACCUAUUUGUAAUCUGACCAACUGCAUAACACCGGGAUGUGAUAGUGUGUUCAACAUCUAAAGGACAUCUAAGAAAACUCUUGAGAUGGGUGACAUGUUAGGAAAUGAAGCAGAUAUUCAUGGGAUGAUCAAGGAGUAUCUCAACUUUGGUGAAUUUGAAGAAACUGCAAAACAGUUUGAGAAGGAAUGUAAAAUCAAGGGCAAACCAAUUCCCAAAUCUCAAGGCAAUGCUGUUCAAGAUUCCAGAGCCCUUAUCAUUCAGAAAGACCUUAUGAGCUCAUUCGAUGACGGAGACUACAAGGUAUUCUUUGAGCUCUGGAACGAACGCAUCCCUGUAGAUGUUCGCGACAGUCACCCCACAGCUCACAAGCUUGAGUUUUAUCUGCACAUCCAUUUCACCAUCUACCCUCUGAAGCACUGCCUUGGAAGACCAGACAGAGGGGAUUUUGAUGAGAGGAUUACACACUUCAGACACUUUCUGGAGACCAGAGGGUCAGCACUGAGUCAGACCACUGAGUUCCUGCCAUUCUACGCCCUCCCUUUUGUACCCAAUCCUGUGGUGCAUCCGUCCUUCAAGAACCUUUUCCAGGAUUCCUGGAUGCCAGAGAUGAAGGAGAGGCUUGAGCAGUUUCUCUCCACACUGAAAGCUUCCAACAGUCCAACAUUGGUGACUUUAUAUAGGGAUGGUAUCCCUAGCAACAAAGAUACAGUAGAGCAACUGCACUUGCAGUUGGCAGAAGCUGAGAUGAAGGCCUCCACCUACAUCAAGAAGUUCCACAAGAUGCAGGCCGACCACCAUAACCUCAUUGGUAUCACGGCUGAACUGGUGGACUCGCUUGAAGCUACCGUCAGUGGAAAAAUGAUCUCCCCUGAGUAUCUGCAGGGUGUGUGCGUGCGCCUCUUCAGCAACCAGAUGAGGCACAGCGUGGCACAGAGCAUCGACUUCACCCGGCCUGGAACUGGAUAUUACUCUAUGAGCCCAUAUGACAAUGAUGAUGGAUAUGCCUCGUCCAUGCUGCGCGCCUCCAUUGCACUCCCGAGGCCCAAAGAAGUGCCCUUGCUGCCAUCGCUGGACUAUGAGAAGCUGAAGAGGGACCUGGCCAACGGGUCGGAUCGGCUCCGGGCGCUCCUGCUGCAGGCUCUGCGCUGGAGGCUGACUCGAUCUGUCCACGGUGAGCAGCGUGACACUGUCCUUCAGGCCUUCAUCAGUAAUGAUCUCCUGGAGCGCGGCGGUAGCUCCAAAAAGAAAGCUGUGCUUCACCUGAUGAAGUCAAGAAAUGAGAUUGUCCGUCAGUACGUGGCCCGACUCAUCAAUGCCUUCGCCUCCCUGUCAGAUGGCCGCAUGUACCUGUCUCAGAUCCCCUCACUGCUGAAGACUCUUCUGGACUCCCUGAAAUCAGAGGAGAAGGACUCGCUGACCAGAGAGAACGUCCUGGGAGCCUUACAGAAACUCAGCCUCAGGAGGGCCCAGCAGACAGCCAUGAUCAGGGAAGGUCUGAUUGGCUCGCUGGUGGACGAGCUCCAUGACUCAGACUGCCUGACGGACUACACGCUGGAGUACGCCGUGGCCCUGCUCAUGAACCUGUGCCUGCGCACACAAGGUAAAAGAAGGUGUGCAGAGAAUGCCAAACAUGUGCUGAAGGUUCUGACUGACCUCCUGGGACAUGAGAACCAUGAGAUCCGGCCUUAUGUGAAUGGAGCCUUGUAUAGCAUACUGGGUAUCUCUGCUGUGCGUGAGGCAGCCAGAGAAAUGAGUAUGGAGGAGAUCCUUUGUUGCUAUAGCAAAGAGGAGAACCCAGAGCUCAACAGACAGAUAGAGUUCAUCAUCAAACAGCUCAAUUCAGGGGACGCCAUGGAAGAUGGGUCCGAGUCAGACGACGAAGAGGAGGAAGACGACGACGAGGAGGAUGCAAUGGAGGCAGAUCUGGACAAAGAGGAAGUGCUCCAGCCACAGCCAAAAGAACUUUCCGGAGAGUCCUUACUCACGAUAGAGUACCUGGGGAUCAUGACGAACAUGGCGAAGACAAAGAGGAGGUCAGGUCCGCCUGCAGGUCAGAGCGUGGACGAACCCUUACAACGGCCAGUCACACCAAGCUCCCAUCGAAACACAGUAGAGUCCAGGCGAGAAGGAGACGACCCCCUCAGCAGGCAGCGCAGCCGAGAGAGCCUCCCCCUGUCCAGAUACAACUCCCGCCCCCCUACGAGAAGCGGCAGCCGACCCAGCACCUCAGACUCGCUGCAGCGCACUCUCGUGUCUGAGUCGGAGUGCUGGCGCUCCUCCCAGGAGUCAGUGCUGGAGGGCUCAGUGGAGGGGCAUCCUGCUCCAGCCACCACCGAGAGCAAUGGCCACCCCAGCAGUGAGUUCGUCCCUGCGUUUGCAAGCCGGCCCAAGAUUCCACGCACGCCUGACACUGACGUGGGCCUCAAGCUGCGCUCGCCCCUCAUGGCCCCCCAGUUCUCCCAGUCCGAGCCCCAGCAGAGCAGCCGGCCCAGCUCAUCAGGGUCCGCCUCAAGGAGCCACCGACUCAGCAGCCUGUCGAGUAGGAAGUGAAAAGGUCUCUUACACCAGGGGAGGCCUAUCUCCAGAGGAGCAUCCAGCUUCCUGUAACAGCAUCCGCGCCUUAUCAGGGUCUGCCCAGCAGAGAAUCCUCCUGGGCCAACAAGGGAGCGGGAGCGGGAGCGCGGUGAGAACAAUGCCCAGGAUUGUGGGCCCCCCCCCCUCGCUCCUUUUGACCCCGCAACAGAAGAACUCCUGUAACACAACACGCUCCAGCAAUAAUCACAACAAGCACUUUCCCUCCUCCUCCCAGACCCUCUCCCCUCUCUCUCCUUCGCUCUCACCUCCACAACCUGCCUCUCCACCAAUGUGCCCUUUCCGGGCAACCAACACCUUUCUUCUCUCCAUUCUGCUGAGACAAUGUCUUACAUAGAAUGUUAAUCCCCUACUUACAUAUGUGACUUGCCUCCGAAAUUAAAUUCGAAGACACCUUAUUUGCUCAGCCGAUGAUUUUUUACUCUAUUAAUUAUUGCCAUAAUGAGUGCAGUGAUUAGAAGUGUUUUGUUUACAAUUUAGUGGUGUUUUCCAUACAUUUGUGUUGACUAAAGCUGGUACUUUUUGCUCACUCAUGGAUUUUGAAUACUCUCAGGUGUCAAUAAAGUUUGAUCUUUGGAUCAGCUGUUUAGAGCCAGGCUGCUUCUAUGUAUGUUUCUCUCGCUCUCUUUCGCGCUCUCUCUCUCUCUCUCUCUCUCUCUCUCUCUCUCUCUCUCUCUCUCUCAUCUUUAUUAAUGGUUUCCUCUUCAAAACAAGUCAGUGAUUCCCAGCAGGUGCAGCAGAUUAUUAUAACAUUUAAUUGUUCUCAAAUGAGAGUGGAUUUCCUCUUUGGUUCAUUUUCUCAUGUUUCUUUUGCUGCCGUGUCCAUAUGUUACUGUAUGACCAUUUCCACUAUAUUGGAGACAUGAAGAACUCUAGUAUGCUAUAUAAGUUUCAGUAUGAAACUAAGAUGAAUUUCCUGAUUUUCACUGUAAUGGUACCACCAGUCAGUAUCAGUAGUUUGAAACACCGGCAUACAUUUAAUUUGACAGGAAAGAAGACAUAUAUUUUCCAUGAAGUUUGACUAUGUUGCAUUAUCACUUACGUUACCUGCGCUUUUUUGACAAACUUUGUGAACCGCAUCAAUCCGUGAAAAAGGACUUGGUCAACUCUCUCAUGUCCUCGUGCACUACCGGUGUAGUGGUCAUUGCAUAUCCAAAGGAGACACUGUCUAUCAUACUGUAUGAUUUUUACAGUAUCUUCCUGUUUGUUGUUUACUGUGCAAAAUGUUAAUCCCACCAUGGGUUUGUAGAUGCACAACAUAGCUAGCUGCAAUGUCUGUACAGGCAUAUGAAUGCGUUGUUAAUAGAUUUGAGGUACUGCUUAACAUGUGACAUGUAUUUUGCCAGCCAUAAUGUCUGCUAUUUUUGUACAGGUACAAUACAGAGAUUUGAAUAAACACCUUAUGUCCAAUA